AGUGGAUUCCUUUUAGCCUUAAUUUCAAAAGAGCAAGAACAGAAAAGAAAAAUUCGAUUGAGUACAAUAGUAAGCCUGACCCCUCCCCUGUUGUCUUGUAAGACACGGUUUAUUGGGUGCGCCUUUGAAACUCGAGUAUUCGACCCAUCACUUCACUGUGAACGGUUACUUCGUGGUUUUAGCGCUACAAACCGCUCUUAAAAUGGCAGAUGAAGAGAACAGUUUUGUACUUUACGUAAAGGCUUCGACACGAGACUCGAAAUCGCUGGGCGCAGAUAUCGUUUGUCACAGAGUGAUGAUGAUGUUAGCGCUGAAAAAUCUCGAAGUUGCUGCGAAAAUAGUACCAAUAGACACCGUAAAGAGAACCAAUGUCACUUUAGACUUCCCUUACAAGAAACUGCCUACCGUUACUUUGGAAUACGAGGGGAAAUACACUUUUAAAGACGAGCCUUUGGAGAUUGAAGACGCUUUUGAGAAGACAUUUGAACCUUCUCUUAAAGUCGAUAGUAAAGACAUCAAUACUUUCGUCAAUGUUGGAGCUGGUAGCACAUUUUACCAUAAAUUUAACCAAUUCAUCAAGAACCAAGAUCACUCUGCUGACCCGAUUUUAGGCGAGCAUCUCGCUACCGAGCUCAAAAAAGUAAACAGCUUUCUUCUCUCRGAAAAGAUGCCGAAGAACGAAAAUGGCGAGAAAGAACUGCUUGGAGGGUCCCACCCGAAGAUCCCUGACUGCUAUCUUCUCCCCAAGCUUCACUACACGUAUGUGGCUCUUGCCUACGUGAAGGAGUUGAAGUUAGAUAGUCUUCAAGGGAUAGAAGCGUAUCUAGAGUACGGAAGGAAGCAUCCUGCAUUUGCCAACACUUGUCCUGCAAAGGUUGACAUAGUGGAUUUUUAUUGUAGGCAAGCCAACAUGUCAGCGAAGAAAAACGCUGAAAUUCUUCGUAAAGUGGAAAAAGAAGAAGCAUAGAAGACUUUUACUAUCAUAUCACACUAAUAACUACUUCGAUCGGACAACAAUCCUAAUACGAUUUCAUCUAAAAAAAACUUAAAGGUAUGGAAUAUUCCAAAAACAUUCUCCUUAAAAAAAAUCAAUAAAGCCUUACUUUAAAAAACUAUUAUGCAAUGAGGACAUUUGAACCAACUCAAGUUUUUUGUCACUUUAUAUGAUUUAUAUUGAUCCGUCAGUGUAUUUGAACACAGUGCUUCAAUAUAGACCAGUAGAAAUAAGUUAGGACAAUUAUGACCUUAAACAAACUCAAAAGUUUUCACAGUUCGGGUGUCCUCAGUGUUAAUAUAGUUCUGCAUGCUUAUCAAAGAAAUGAUCAAGUUGGUCAAACUUUAUGCGGUACAUAUUGAAUGAUUUUUCUAUGUAAGAGCAUCAUGAUCUUUAAUACGUACUGGUAAUUGUGAAAUAAUUGGUAUAGAUUUAGAAUAAAACAUACAUGCUGAUGUAUGCGGUUGGAAUAAUUUAUAAGCUGGCAUGAAUUUUACACUUAAAUUAUCUCAGAAGAUUUUCUGUAAAAAAAAAGAAUAGCAUAUUGGGAUCCAUUGCAAUUAUCUAAUCAAUUAGGACACUACUAGUUUGAUUAUGUGCAUUGGUCACAGCAAUAGGACAUUAAUUUGCAUGAUGGUGUCAUUGACCUUUACUACCAGACUCUCUUAACUUGCACAUGUUCUUUUAUUCAGUUAUUCAGUACCCAUAAUCUUACUAUUCUCAUGAGGGAAUCCAAAUUUAAAUAAGAAAGAAAAUUCACGAAGCAUCUUGGUAGUCAGUCAAAUGACGCCAUCAUACAAACAUCCUAUUAACUUAAAAAUAUCUCGUUCUGGGUGACAUGUUCUAGCAAACAAUGAUAUUGCAUUCCAAAAGUAAGUUCACUUGUUUAAAGUAAACAAAUCAUUUUCUUACAAGAGGGUUGAGCAAACAUUUUCUAGGCAGUUUAAUGCUAAAUUCCAAUUUGAUCUGUGAGUUAACCAUUUAUAUGCCACAGCUUAGAUUAGCUCAGAGGAUGCUUUAGGGCUCAUCAAGAAAACUUGCAUUUGUUUACUUAAUGUGUGAACACACUAACCAGGACCACUUGAAUAAAACUGACCAAUCAAAUAACAGUAAACUAGACAGAUAUUGAACUGAUAACAGUGUUAGCCAAUCAUAUUAUCACGUUCUCACGCUCUUUUAAUAUCGAUGCGCUAUCUGAGUGGCUGGUUAAACAAUAUUGAACUAAAUGUCGCAAUUUGAUUGGUUAUUGAUACUAGUUUAUCAAAGUGGUCCCGGUUUGAGUAUCCACACAGUAAACAAAUGAUGAACAAAUUGCUAAUAUGUCCAUUUUUCAGUCUCGCUGAUCAAUGCUGUAAUUUGUAGUCCUAUACCAAUAGCUAAUAUGUAUAAGGUAUAAACCACUAAUGUAUUCAUAGAGUGCAAACAAUUAAUCCGUGAAUAGUACAAGAUAGUGCUAAUUAAACAAUAGAAAACAAUGGAAUUUGCAUGAAAUUGUGCCAUUUAGUAUUACUGAAGUUUCACGUUUAUAUUGUUUUCACUCUAUUAUAUUUGCUUUAUAACUUGGAUUGUAAUAUGAAAAUCUGUGAAUACUACUUUAUGGUCCAAAAAUCCAUACUUUCUUAUAGAAAAGAAUGAUUGAUCUAAUAUAUUAACGGCAGAAAUUAUGGCAUUUACUUCAGUAAAACUAAUUACCCUCAUAGCAAUGUUCUUGUAUUGCUACCAAAAAAUGUGAUCAGUUUAAUGAAAUUAAUAA